UUGUUACGUUACCGGCGAAAUUCAGCCUCUACUACUUGGGAAAGCCAUCAUGUCGAUCAGCAAAGAAGCCGUUACCUCCUUCGUGAAGGAUCUUUUGGCCGGUGGAAUCUCUGCAGCCAUCUCUAAGACGGCUGUAGCCCCCAUCGAAAGAGUCAAGUUGCUAUUGCAGGUCCAACAUGCAUCAACACAAAUUGCCAAGGCUGAUCAGUACACUGGCAUUGCAAACUGCUUCUCAAGGGUAACCAAAGAGCAGGGCUUCUUUUCCUUAUGGCGUGGAAACUUGGCCAAUGUCAUCCGUUACUUCCCAACCCAGGCACUUAACUUUGCCUUCAAGGACAAGUACAAGCAGGUCUUUUUGAGCGGAGUUGACAAGAAUAAGCAAUUCUUUAGAUACUUCGCUGGUAACCUCGCCUCUGGUGGUGCCGCUGGUGCAACCUCUCUCUGCUUUGUCUACCCUCUUGAUUUUGCCCGUACCCGUCUCGCCGCUGAUGUGGGUAAAGCUGGUGCUGAUCGUCAGUUCUCUGGUCUCGGCAACUGCCUGAGCAGUAUUUACAAGUCCGAUGGCAUGCUUGGGUUGUACCGUGGGUUCUCCGUCUCUGUACAGGGCAUCAUCAUCUACAGAGCAGCUUACUUUGGCUUUUACGACACCGCCAAGGGUAUGCUUCCCCCUCACCUGUCCAAGAAUCUCAUCAUCUCCUGGAUGGUAGCCCAGACCGUGACCACAUGCUCAGGUAUCAUCUCCUACCCCUUCGACACCGUUCGUCGACGCAUGAUGAUGCAGUCCGGCCGCAAAGACAUCAUGUACAAGAACACCAUUGAUUGCUGGAGGAAGAUCGCACAGAAUGAAGGAGCCAACGCUUUCUUCAAGGGAGCCCUCUCCAACGUUCUCCGUGGUACAGGCGGUGCACUCGUACUGGUGCUCUACGACGAAGUCAAGGCCUUCAUUUCAUAAUGAGUGGCUGACACAUUAUAGAUAUGCCCAAAUUGUUUUUUGAAGGGGAGGGGGAGGGGACCUGGUCCAACUGCUUUGUUGACGUCAAAAUAUAUUCAUGACUUAAACCAUAACUUUUGUGGUGAUAUGCAUACAUAUUGGCUUCUUUUUGUCAGAAAUAUUUUUCAUUGUCAGCUAUCCAACUACUUAAAGACAAGAGAGAGAACAAACGCACCACAAUUUGUAGAAUAACUGUAUAAGGAAUUGAAUUUGAUUUUAACUUGAAUGUGGAGAUAUAGUGUGUGGAAUGUUUGAUACUUGUACAGUUGUAAAUCUAUACAACACUAACUUAAGAAUGUCUUUUGAUCCGUAGUGAUGCACACAAUUUCAAAUGUGAUCCAAUCCAACUCACUGUUAAAAAUGAUGUUGGAAACACUCGCACACCCGACCUUAAAACACUUUUCAAAGGCUAACUUCUUCUUUUUUUGCUGUGUAAUUAUGCUCACUGUAUGCGUCUUGCACAAUCAGUGGGCAUCUUUCUAUCCAGGUUGUUGGUAUUGUAUUUUGUCAAAAUAUUUCAUGGACAUUUUGCGAGACUUAGAAAACAAAGUAUCUCAAACGUUUAUAUAUGACGCACACUAAAAGUUAUAUACAGAAAUAAUCCUCAUAUCAAUACGAGAGUUUUUUAAACCAAAGUGAAUCGUGACACAAAGUGGCUCUGAUACACACUCGUUUAUAAGGUAUACUGCUUUCAUUUUACAUGGAACUAGUUCUAUACUAAUAAUAACCAUCUUGUUUGUCGAAGUCAAAUGCGGAUGUCUUGUACGGUUGGCAUUUUUUUGCCAGAUGUACUGUGUAAACGAUCACGACAAUAAUGAUGGAAAAUUACUAUUGGUUUUGCAUUUUAAUUAGAUAAUGUGUGAUGAUUUUGUUUUUGUGGGUAAGAACUGUUGCAUAAAAGGGAAACUGUUUUUGAACAAUUUUGAGCUUCAGUUUCUGUAUUGUUAUUUAACUUAAAUGUGAAUCCUAGGUGUUUAUUAAUAUUGCAGUGCAAGAAGAAACUAUUUAUAAAGAUAGUAUAUCCCACUGUCCAAUGUAACAAACCAUGUACAUGUACACUUAGCCAGCAUUGGGCCAUGUAGGAGUGAUUACCCCUUUGGUAGCAGUAUGCAAUGAUUCAAUAAAACAGAUUUCAAGUGAAUUAAGAACA